UUGAGAUAUGAUCGUAUCAGCAAGCUUUCUUUCUUCAAGUAGAGCGGGAUCACUUUCCCGUUCCAAUCCCAUAUUUGACUAAGGUCGAUACGUGGGAAAACAAGACCAAUUGGAAACUCGACACCGCCGCCCACGGGAGAGCCAUUGAGGCUAACCCCAUUCAAGGGGAAUUUAAGAAGAGAAACAUGCCGUUGCAUACCCCCGUCUUCGACCCCGAUGAGGACUCUGCCUUCGAUGCCAUCGAUCAAUAUCAUGAGGGCAGAGAGCAUUCGCAUGCUCAAGGAAGUGGGGCAUUGCCGCAACAAGAAGAAGAAGAAGAAGAGGAAGUUGAAGGUCACCGCCGCCGCAAUAGGAGAAACCACCGAAGAGGAAGGUCGGAUCCUGCCGAGGAGUUCCAAGUCGGCACCUCCGCCCAACUAGGAGAGAUGUUCUCCUACAUGCAAAACAUGUCCAACACUUGGGACAACCGUUGGGUAGAGCAACAAGAAGUCAAUGCCUUCAAUCAACAAGGUUGGGAGGCACAAGACGAUUGGCGGGCGGCGGAGCAAGAUUUUGGGGAGGCUCAAAGGGUCGCAGAUGUGCAACAACGUCAACAAAUCGUCGAGCUCCAAAUGAUGGCCGCUGAGGCUCGAGCGGAGAGCCAAACCAUGAGUGGCGACAUCGCCUAUCUUAUUGGCGCCUUUGACGACCUCAACGCUUAUUUCCCUCCUCCUCCUCCUCCUCAAGAAUGAAGAAGUUUCUGGACUCUCGCCAGCGACAGCUGCAGUGUUCGCAGCGGCCCACUGGCCACCUUCUGAAUUGGUUCUGACUCGUCGCAGCGACUGCUGUCCAAAUGCAGUUUUCAGUAUGAUUUUUUCAAAAUUUUCAGAUUUUCGUCCCGUCCAGCCUUCAAGCGAAAAUUUUCAAGGUAUGUUUUCUUUUGGGGGGAUGAAUUGGUGGACCGUGAGUUUAGGUUUUAGUUUAGUUUUUUUUUAAAUCUCAAAGGUGAAUCCAUGUCAUGAACAUAACAU